UGAGCAUAGACCGUUUAAGAUAAUUACGGAUUGCAAUUCGUUAGUGCAAACUCUUAGUAGAAAAGCUAUUAAUCCUAGGAUUGCCAGAUGGUCCCUUGAGUUAGAGAAUUACGAUUAUUCGAUUAUGCAAAGACCGGGUGUAAAUAUGGCCCAUGUGGACGCUUUAAGCAGACAGAUAGAAGUUGUCAAGUUGUUAAAAGAUAGUGAGUUUGGCGAUAAUGAAGACUUGUUAGAAAACCUUGAGGAAUCCCGUAGAGACAGCCGUAGAGACCAACUUCUAGAGAACCGUAGAGACCAACUUGUUGAGACCGUAGAGACAUCCGUAGAGACCAACCUUAGAGACAACAGUAGAGAUAGCAUAAUUCAAAGCCUUUUAGAAAUCCGUAGAGACAACCUUGUUGACAGGGUGCCUCUUGAUGACCUUUGUGAAGAUCCCUUUGAGAGACUUCGUGUUAUUUUGGAAGAAAACCUUCGUGAAGAAGAAGAGGAAGAGAAUGGUGGAAUAAAUUGUGAGAAAGCGGCCAGUAACUACAUGAAUGGUAGUAGAUGAUAAAUUGGAUGAUAAAUUGGAGUUUCGUGAGGACGCUUUUCUAAAAUCAAUACCGUUAGGAGUUGUAGGAGCAACACCUGAUGAUGUAGACCUAAUUCUACAAACGGAGCAAAUGAGGGAUAAAAAUAUAGUUCAUUUGAGAGAGAAACUAGAGAGAGGAAACGUGCGUAACUUUGAGUUAAGGGAAGAACGUGGACGAUUCUUAUUGUUUGUAUGCACCGGCUUGUAUGGAAGAACAGCUAAUUAGAAAAUCUCACAAAAAACUAGGUCACUUGGCAGCAGAUAAGUGUGUUUAGGAUUUAAGAAGGACCUAUUGGUUUCCAGAAAUGAGAACUAAAGUUGAGCAUUUUAUUAGAAAUUGCCUUUCGUGCAUUUUGCAUUCGGUGCCGAGAUCUAUUCAUAACAGAACCUUGCAUAGUAUCCCUAAACCUUGUAUUCCGUUUCAUACACUCCAUAUAGACCAUUUAGGUCCCUUACCGAGUAUCAUUUCAAAGAGAAAGCAUCUCCUGGUUGUUAUUGAUGCUUUUAUCAAGUUUGUCAAACUUUUUCCCGUUAAUACGACUAGUACAAGAGAAGCGAGAGAUGCGUUGAGUAAAUACUUUGAUUUUUAUAGUCGACCCCAUAGGAUUAUAUCGGAUCGCGGUACUUGUUUUACGUCACUUGAGUUCACCACCUUUUGCCAAGAGCGAGACACAGGAGCGCCUCAGGCUAAUGGCCAGGUAGAGCGUGUAAACCGGGUGCUAACGCCAAUGCUAGGGAAAUUAGCAGAACCUCUUAGUCAGUCCGAUUGGUACAAAUUACUUGAUAAAGUGGAAUAUGCCAUCAAUAACGCAGUACAUAGUAGCACUCAAGUAGCGCCUAGUGUUUUAUUGUUUGGAGUAGUACAAAAGGGACCUGUAGUUGAUGAGCUUUCUGAGUAUUUAGAGAAUAAAUUCAAUGAUGAACCUAGAGAUCUUGUAAGCAUCUGUGAGAACGCAUCUGUUAAUAUCCAGAAUUCACAGAUAAGAAAUGAAGAGUCAUACAGUAGAAAACAUAAAGCUCCUCGUGAAUAUCAAGUAGGUGAUUAUGUGGCCAUCAGAAAUGUUGAUACUACUGCAGGAAUUAAUAAGAAGUUUGCCCCUAAGUACCGUGGGCCUUAUAGGAUAAGUCGUGUGUUUGAUAAUGAUCGAUACGAAGUAGUUGAUAUUGAUGAUUGCCAGUUAACUCAACUGCCAUUUAGAGGCGUGUUAGAACCUGCUAGACUUAAGCCUUGGAUAAGUAAUGUUAACGAACUUGUUGCCCUUUGUUUAUAAAGAUCGUGGUCGAUCUGUAGUCAGGUCGGCCGAAUGUAAAUAAUUUAAAUAAUGUAAAUAUUAUAAGUUAAAAAUAAGGUAACACUGUAACUAUCGAUAAGAAGGGCACUCGAUAUAUUAUAAUCGACGGUGCACGAUCGAAGGAGUACGGGCACUCUCUCGAGAAGGCGCCAGACGAACAGAAGUGUGAAGAUCAGAAAAUAAAAGAAAAUAAAGAUUUUACAUGUUAAACGUUUUUUAUUUAUUCCAAUAUAGAAAGAACUAGAGCCUUUGGAAUAUAGAUUAUCACUAGAUUAUCACUAGGUUGGUUAAUAGUCUUUGAAGUUGAAGUGGGCUUAGCAAAGCUAUCGCAAUUGAUAGCGUACUCAGUACUGAACCAACUCAUGGAGACAUGUUUGCGUGUAUAUAGGCAGAAUGGGAUAGCUUAAUAGCGAAAUUUAAAAGAAAAAAACGUCUAUUCUCCCGUGAAGAAAGGAGCUCCCGAAAAAAUUGAGUAAUUGGAGAAUCCUGAGACGAUUGCGUGGGCGGAAGUUUUUGUUAUUUCAAUUGGCUC